UUCCCAGAAGAGACCGCAGCCAUGGUGAACACAGGAAUGCAGCUGAUCAGCUUCACCUGCGCUGUGACGGGCUGGAUCAUGGCCAUCGCCGUCACGGCUCUGCCGCAGUGGAAGGUGUCGGCUUUUAUCGGCAGCAACAUCCUGACCUCGGAGAUAAAGUGGGAGGGGAUCUGGAUGAACUGCAUCUACCAGACUACGGGUCACAUGCAGUGCAAGACCUACGACUCCAUGCUGGCUCUGCCACCCGACAUCCAGGCCGCCCGCGCCCUCAUGUGCGUCGCCAUCUUCAUGGGCUGGCUCUCCUGCACCGUGUCCUGCUGCGGCAUGAAGUGCACCACCUGUGCUGGCGACGACCGCCGCGCCAAGGCGGGCAUCGCCCUCGCAGGCGGCAUCCUCUUUAUCCUGACAGGACUGUGCAUCCUGAUCCCGGUCUCCUGGACCGCCAACACCGUCGUCCAGGACUUCUACAACCCCAACGUGCCCAUCAUGCACAAACGGGAACUGGGCCAGGCCAUCUACCUGGGCUGGGCCGCCGCCGUCAUCCUGAUGAUCAGCGGCGCCGUCCUCAGCAGCACCUGCCCGCUCAUGGAGAGGGGCGGUCGCUACCGGCGGGGAUACAUCGGCCGGAGCUUUGCCAACUCACCGGCACCGGAGCCACCCAAACCCAUCACCUCCAACAACCUGCCACUGAAGGAGUACGUGUAGGACGGGAGGAAAUGGACUGGGAG